UUAACCAAUCAGAGCGAAAAAAUGAAAGCUCUGUCUCAGGCACAUCUUACUAUAUAAACAUGUCCGAAGCAGCUCUCGAUCGUUGUCCUCAUCAGAGUCUUCCCAAGAAAGUUCUUGAGAGAGAGAAAGAUGUCGGCAGAGGAAGAAACCCUCCCAACAAACGUUGAAUCAGGAGAUGCUGAAGUGGCGAGUGAGAAGCAACCAACAGCGAAAGGUGGUAAGGCAAAGAUCACGAAGGAAGUUAAGGCUAUGACAAAGGCUCCGAAGAAGAAGACUUCUUCAUCUCACCCUACUUACGAAGAGAUGAUUAAAGAUGCAAUCACGACGUUGAAGGAGAGGACCGGAUCUAGCCAAUACGCGAUUCAGAAGUUCAUAGAGGAGAAGGAGAAGUCUCUUCCUCCUACCUUCAGGAAGCUUCUCCUCGUCAAUCUCAAGAGGCUCGUCGCUGCUGAGAAGUUGGUUAAGGUCAAAGGAUCUUUCAAACUUUCUUCUGCUAAACCGGCGGCGUCUGCGCCGGUUAACAAGGAACCAGAAGCUAAAGCAUCUAAGAAACCUGCAGCAGCAAAGCCCAAGGCGAAGGAGAGACCUAUUAAAGCAUCAAGGACUUCUAGUAGAACAUCUCCAGAGAAGAAGGCUGCUGAUGCCGAGACAGCUGUUGUUGCGGCUGAGAAGAAGGAUCUUCCGGCUAAGAGAGAGUUUAUUAAUUGGACCUUCCCUUAUCUCUAACGUUCGUAUUUUCAUGCAUUUUAAAAACGGUCUAGCUAAAAUUUGGUUUUACUUUUUACUUUUGAUACAAGUCUCUCUAUCACGGUUACAUGUUUCAGGCCGUUGGAGAUGAACCCUCUGAUUGUACUGCGUGUACGCUGUGCUGCUCCUGAAAAUGUAAUCAGAAACUAUUCGUCUAACUAUCUUUCUCCCUUUUA